AUGAUGGAGCAGUCAAAGCUGACGUGUUUCCAGAGGCGAUACCUGAUGGACCGUGUGCAACGAGGAGAUACCUUGCCCCUCCAGUGCCAUCCCACAUCCAGCAAAGAGCCAGCACCUCCAGCACCUGCCUUCUCCCCAGCUGUCCAUCACCCCAUCAGGCUUCCAGCCAAACCACACCUCCGACCUGCCAAGGUCUGCCAGGCAGGAAAUGCCUACACCCGAGAGAAGUUCAAGCCAUGGCCAGGACGUGAUUUGGAAAAGGAGAAGCAAAGGCUCCAAAACAUUUUAGCGACAGGGAAGGACGUGGUGGAAGACAAGGUGAAGCAGACACUGGUUCAGACAAAGGAAGAGGAGACACCUGAGCCUGACCGAUUUGAAGAAUUGGUGAAUGAAAUUCAGGAGAGGAGGGAAUUCCUGGCAGAGAUGGAAGCUCUAGGACAAGGCAAGAAGUAUCGAAGUAUUAUCCUCAAUGAAAUCUCACAGAAAAUACGUGAGAUGGAGAUUAUUGACAAGAAGAGGAGUGAGGAAAUGAGACAGAUCAUGACAAAAGACUUCCCUGGUGGGAAUAAAUCCGAUCCCUGCGACUAG